AUGUCUUUCCUUUUGAAGCUUUUCGUCAUCCUAUCCCUGUCAGCAAUAGCGACAGCAAGAUCGUUAACCUUAACAACAGCAAAAACCAUCCCAACACGUUUACAUUCAUUUGCUGGCGCAGGAACCAACAACAAAUGUUGGGAGACAAUGUUCGAGCUUCAACACUGCACUGGCGAGAUUGUUCAGUUUUUCAUCAACGGCGAAACACAUCUUGGAUCGGGAUGCUGUGAUGCUCUUCUCACCAUAGCGAAUGAAUGUUGGCCCAAUAUGCUUACCUCUUUGGGUCUUACUGAUGAAGAAGCUGAAAUUCUGCAUGGAUUUUGCAACGGUGCUGCAUCCGUCACUAAACCGAGUCCACCUUCUGUUACUGCUAAUGCACCUGCUCCUAAUAAUUAUUAUUAUUGA